AUGGCUGAAACCGCUACCGAAGUUGCUGCUGCGGCUCCUGCUGCUGCGGCUCCUGCUGCUGCUUCACCGGCCAAGGCUGCCAAAGGAGGUGCUGUGAAACCGAAACAGCCAUCUACCCAUCCACCGGUGAAUGAUAUGGUUCUAGCUGCCAUCAAAACCCUGAUGGAACCUGGUGAGAAAAAACCGAAGAAAGCUGCCGCCGCCAAGAAGGCUGCUGGAGAGAAAAAAGCAGCUGCCAAGAAGCCAGCUGGUCAGAAGAAGACUAAGAAACCGAAAGCAGCUGCCGCUAAGAAAUCUGUGGCGAAAAAAGCCAAGGCAGCCCCUGCUGCUCCCAAACAAAAAGCCACCAAGCCAUCGAAAGUCACCACCAACAAGCCCAAGACCCCGAAGCCUAAAAAGACUGCACCAGCCAAGAAAGCUGCUCCGAAGAAAGCCGCCGCUAAGAAGUAA